GAGCAAUAGUCUAGUGUCACCUCUUACCACAACUUAGUCAACAAGCGGUGACUUUAUACACAGGGCAUUGAAUCAAGUUAUUUCAGUUUUAUUAGAAUGGAGUACCAAAAAGCCUCAGAGAUUAACGGCGUCUGCAAUGGAAAAAUUGUUACAGAAUAUCUCAACGGGUUCAGUGAAAAAUCCAUAGAGGCAAAGAAAGCUGAAUUGAUGGGCAAGGAGGAGAAGUCCCACAAGGAGUCAGAGGAUGUGUGCAAGAUAUCUGCCAUUGAAAGAGCCUACGGCAUCGUACUUCGAGAACUGGGAGAAGACGUGGAACGUGAGGGUCUACUGCGUACACCAUUACGGGCAGCCAAAGCAAUGCAGUUCCUCACCAAAGGUUAUCACGAGACAGUAAAGGACAUCCUGAACAAUGCCAUCUUCAACGAGAACCACAACGAGAUGGUGAUCGUGAAGGACAUUGAAAUGUUCUCUCUCUGUGAGCACCAUCUCGUGCCCUUCUUUGGCAAGGUUCACAUUGGAUAUCUUCCGAACAAUAAAGUGGUUGGUCUGAGCAAGCUGGCAAGGAUUGUUGAAAUCUUCAGCAGGAGGCUUCAAGUGCAGGAACGCCUGACCAAGCAGAUCGCUACAGCAAUCUCAGAGGCAUUAGAGCCUGCAGGCGUAGCAGUUGUCAUUGAGGCAGCUCAUAUGUGCAUGGUGAUGAGGGGUGUGCAGAAGAUGAACAGCAAGACCGUGACAAGCGCCAUGCUGGGACUCUUCCAAGAGGAUCCCAAGACGCGGGAGGAGUUCUUGGCUCUGAUCAAAAACAACUGACCCACUUGGGCCGUUGUUACCUCACCCGGUCUUCCCAAGCCAAAAACAGCCAUCUCUCCAGCUAUCACCAAACAAUGCAAGAUUGUUUUCUUCUUUCUUUUCUCUUCUGCAUCUCAUUCUUUCAUUGAUCUUAGCUAAGUAUGUUCUGUCAGGUAGGGGGGUUGGGGUUGAAAUACUAUUUUGAAAUCUUUCAAAUAUUUUGAGCGCUUUUCUCUAGUGCACCUGGAGUAAAGAUCCGGGGUUUGCAGUUUGGGAACAAUUGCUAAAACUGAUAUAUCAGGGAGUCAUGAUCAGGGAUUAAAAACUAUAAGGAACUUGAUAUGCGUUUUAUAAGUUAUGUGUAGUUAUGUGUAGUCCUUGGAUCGUUUCAUAUUAAGUGCUGCUGCCAAAGGCCCCUCUGUACCCACCUUCAGAGGAAGCGCCUUACCGUUACUGUAUCGCAAGUGCUUACAUUGUUUAGAUUUUUUUUCUUAGUAUUUUGGCUGUAUAUUAUGGACAUGGUAUUCCUAGAAACUUGAAGCUGAAAUAUGACCCUCAUAACAUUGACAUUUGUUCUGUUUGGACAUGACUCUUGUGCUAGUAAGGGGUGUCAAUAUCUAGUUGUGCAAUGGCUCAAGGUAAGAAUGAUAUAGGAGCAUAACAAUAACAAUGGAAAUGUUCUGUAAAUGCCUCUAACCCAAAUGUUGUAUCACAUGAGUAUGACGAUGCUAGUUAAUGUUAAAAAUGUUGAUUUGUCAAUCUUAUGAGUUUUGAACAUUACAUUUAGAAAGAAAUAAAUAUUUAACCUGC